CGAUCUUUGCCAUCUUUUGCCAUAGAUAAACAUAGCAGCCAUACAUUCCAUGCUCUAAAGAGAGAGGGGGAGGAGAUGGAGUCAGCAAGCAACAAAAUCCGCAUUGCUACUUUGCCAAAACGACAUUCACAUCGCCUCUUAUUUGAUCGCCGUUACGGUUGGGUAUUCGAUGAAUGGAAAGACCCAUCAGAGGAAGCUUUAUCCGGAGGCAGAGGAAUGUUUUGCAUAUUGCCUCUAGCUAAAGCUUUCUUGACGACAGCAUCACAGUCGAUUGACCACGCAGCAAACUUUGCUGUCAAAGUUUUUGACAGUCCAGAUCUUCUCUCCCCUCAAGCACUGCAGACCAGUCUCAGCAAUCAGCUAAACAAAUUCAAGUCCUCCAUAAAAAAAGCAGAAUUCAAUCGUUUUGCUCUCGAAGAACAUUCAUUCCAAGCCCCCACUUCCCCUCCACAUCUGCUAUUUGAAAAUAAAAAAUCUCAGAUCGAUUGAAGUGUGUAAAUUUCUCCCUGUGUGUUUUCUUGUUUACUCUUCCGUAUUGCUUCAGACCUAUUCAUGAAACCUUGUGCUUAGAAACAUUCACAUUAGCUUAAAGAACAUAAGUGCUUCUCGUACGCGUCGAUUUAUGAAUGCGUGUACAGUGUUUUCUUAA